AUGGUGGUGGUAGUGACAAUAGUGGUGGUGUUGCUAAUCGUAGCAUCCGUGUUGUUAAUCCUUCAUUUCGUUAACAACUCAAGCUCAAAUGAUAAAUUUCCCUUUGGAAUUGGAGUGUACACAUACGACGUGGUGCAUAAGUAUAGCCACAUCCACGACCCUGCCAUUGGCGAACAAGUAAAUGUCGGAUCAAAUGUUAUUCCAAUCAAUAAAGUACACGCGCCAUUUACACAAGGAUUAUUUUUUAUAGAUAAUGACACACUGCUCGAAUCCUCAGGAUUAUAUGGAGCUAGUUACAUCAGAGAGUUUUCUCUUUCUUCGGGGAAAACAAAAAGGUUUAACAAUUUAAAAAGUAACCUCUUCGCAGAAGGUUUGGCAAUUGUCAUCGAGCCAAUGACAUACAGGAAAUUUAUCCUUACUCUAACAUACAAGGAAAAAGUUAUUCUCGUUUUUGAUUAUAACACUAUGGAGCUGUAUCACACAUUCGAGCAUGAGUUGGAUGGGUAUGGGCUGACGUCCAACAUCGACCUCCUACAAUCUGUUGAAGACUUGAAGGAAGAAAACUUUGCUCGUUAUCAGAAGCUGUGGACAACUACUGGUGAUAAUUAUUUGUACGAAAUUGAAAUUCCAUACGAGUUUUCAAAAACUAAAAAACUGUCCAUAUCUGGAAAGACCCCAAUUACUUGUGCAGGCUUUGCCAUUUAUCAUGUGAAUGAGUUGGAGUACCAUGUGCAGGCCAAGACGCUUUAUGCCAAUGUGUUCCUCACCAAGUUGAUCCUGGAGAUUGACAUUUCUAAAGGCGCGUGCCUCAAGAUCAUUAACUUGUCCGGCCUCGUCGAGAAGUGUGAUAAUUACGAAGGUAUGAAGAACAGGGAAUCCGUGCUAAACGGAAUAGCGAUAGACCCGCAGAACAGCAAGGCAGACUUGCCGAAUCUUCUCGUGACGGGCAAAAUAUGGCCCAACAUGUUCCAAAUCAGGUUGGUCAAAAGCAUCAGCAAGUUGGAGGCCACCGCAGCGCUCAGCGAAUACUUCAAGUCGAUUGGGAAGAAGGUACCCUGA